AUGGCAUACACAUCCACCUCAACAGCAGUAGAAUGGCAGACCGCGCCAGCCAUCGAGCUGGAGUCGCGGGCGCCCAAGGCUCCCGCGGCCGCGCCGACCUCGGACACGGACGCGGUGAUGCAAGCGUCGGCGCAGGCGGACGCGGAGGUCCCUGACGGCGGCCAGGGGUGGGUGGUCAUCGGUGCCUGCGCGGUGAUGACCUGGUGGAUGAUCGGCACGUCCUACUGCUGGGGCGUGCUGCAGGCGGCGCUGGUGCAGGAGGGACUGGCGUCGGCCUCGACGCUGGCCUUCGUCGGCUCGCUAGCUACCGCCUGCAUCGCCUUCCUGGGUAUUGCCAACGCGCAGCUGAUCCGGAAGCUGGACACGCAGACCAGCGCGCUGCUGGGGGUGUUUGCCCUGGGGAUGGGGUCGAUUUUGAGCGGGUUCUCGUGUCGCAAUAUUGCGGGGCUGUUUAUCACGCAGGGGGUGGUGUUUGGUGUCGGGAUUAGUCUUUGCUUCAUGACCGUCUCGACCAUCCCCGCGCAGUACUUCAAGGCCAAGCGCGGCACCGCCAACGGCAUCCUCUACGCGGCCGGUGGCCUCGGAGGCACCGCCCUCAGUUUCAUCAUCAACGCUCUAUUAACCAGUGUGGGGACUGCCUGGACCUUCCGUAUCAUCGGCUUCAUGACCCUGACUACGGGCCUCCCGGCCGCGUACCUGGUCAAGCAGCGCAUUCCCAUCCCCCGCGCCGCGUUCGUCGAGUGGCGCCUCUUCCGGGACCUCCGCUUCUGCCUCCUCUUCGCCGUGGGCGCCAUUGCGACGUUCCCACUGCUGGUACCGCCCUUCUUCCUACCGCUGUACACCAACUCCAUCGGCAUGGGCUCGACAGCCGGCGCCGGCGUCGUCGCCGCGUUCAACUUCUCGUCCGCGCUGGGCCGCCUCACCUGCGGCUUCGCCAGCGACACCCUAGGCCCGCUUAACACGCUGAGUGUCUCGCUGCUGCUGUCCGCCCUGAGCAUGCUGAUCAUCUGGCCCGUGUCGACCUCGAUCGGCCCGCUGAUCGUCUUUGUGAUUAUUAAUGGCAUGUCGAACGGUGGGUUCUUCUCGACAAUCCCGACGGUCGUGGGGAAUGUGUUUGGUUCAGCGCGGGUGGGCGUCGCGAUGGGGAUGAUUGUUACUGGUUGGGCUGGGGGGUAUCUUCUUGGCUCGCCGAUUGCAGGGUAUAUUCUCGAUGCGUCCGGCGGCGAAGGCGCGGGCACGAAGGCUUAUCGACCGGCUAUUCUUUACGCAGGGUUCAUGGCGUUGGCAGCGACGGUGCUUUCGGUGGGGAUUCGGGUUAAGACGAGUGCGAAGCUGGGGAAGAGGGUUUAA